AUGAAUAAAAACUCAACUAAACGCCAACUGGAAUUAUCUAGUAUUCAGAAAAAAAAAUUUCGACCAAGAACAACGUCUGACGACAACUUAAUUACCCAACUGGAGAAUUUGUCAAAUGAAAUCUGCUAUGAAGUAUUUGAUUAUCUUGAUGGGCAUGCAAUAUAUAAAGCAUUUGAUGAAUUGAAUGCUCGUUUUCAAAAGCUGAUUACAACGUCAUCAUUUUUAUUGAAAAUCUGCAUUGAUAAUGAAUCACACUUGAAAAUAGAAGAUUGUUGUAAAAAUCUUCUCAUUCCGAAUAAUCGAAUUCUUUCAUUUCAUCUUCAUGAUCCUGUACAAGCGGAAAGUUUUUUCCAAAAUUGUACUUUUGAUUCAACAUUUAUUCACCUGAAAUUAAUUCUUCUUCAUGUAAUUGAAGACUAUUUUCAAGCACAACAAUUGAAAUGUUUAAAAAGUUUACCGCAUCUUCUUUCACUUACUAUUGUACUCUACGGUGAUCAAUGUUACAAUGAAGAUGACAUGUUUAUUGAUGAUAUAUAUGAAAUUAUUUUCACUUUACCUUAUUUAGAAUAUAGUUCUUUAUCAGUGAUAAAAUACAAUGAUCAAUAUCUUCCAACAUUUGUUGAUAAGACUAUACAAUCGAAUUCAAUCACAUCUUUACAUAUGGAUUAUGAUUGUGAUCUCGAUAGUCUUCUUUCGGUUCUUAGCCAUACACCACAAUUACAUCGUUUAUAUUUAACUACUGAUGUGAGCAAAAUCAAUUCUGUUAUUGAUCAAUUAAAUUCAUCAUUUUGGAUUGAUCAUCAAUGGAAUAUUAGAUUAGAAAUUGAACCUGAUGAAAGUUCCUAUUUUAUUUCUUCAUAUAUAUCAACACGGUUUGACUUUGAUCAAAAAAUCCAAACGAUGAGCAAUUCGACAUCUAACGAAUUACUGAUCAGUAAUGUUGACGAUCUGCCUUGGCCGCAACCAAUGAUCGAACAAUUGAUUCCAAUUUUGAGUCAAAUGAAAUUUACAAGCAUAUAUUCCUGUAAUAGUCAAUUAUCUCUAGAUAAUUUUAUUCAACUAAUUAAUUUAUUACCAUGUCUUGAUUCAUUGAAGAUGGAUGUAGUAUCAGAAGAGCGAUGCAAUAGUUUAUCAAUUGAAGAUGAGGAGAAAUUUUUAUCCGUAUCAAUGUCGAAUGCAAUUACAAAAGUUGCUCAAAAAAUGAAUAUGAAAUUAACAGAGUUUCUUAUUAAGCUUUGUCCACAUAUGACGUAUUUUCAAGUAGAUUCCAUCAAAGAUGAUGAUGAUGAUAUAGAAGAGCUGGUACAAUUUAUUUUACUGAAAAGAAAAACCGACAUUCCUCAUCUUCAAUCGUUAUGUCUUAACCUACGUAAUGUAAAUGAUGAAUUAAUCACCAUGUUACGAAAUAUAAUGGAUUCCGAGAAAAUCACCGCAUCUGAUUAUUUGAUUAAAUCAUCCGGAACUUUUAUCAUUUUACAAUGA